AUGUCUCAUAAAUUUGUAAUAGUUGGAGCAGGUCUCUCUGGAUUGAGUAAUGCUUUUUUUAUCAAGCAUUUUUAUCCUAAGGCUUAAAUAACUUUGAUAGAGUAAUCAAAUCGUGUAGGUGGGAUGAUAGUUACAAAUAAUAGAAAUGGAUUUAUCUGUGAAGAAGGACCAAGAUCAAUAAGAAUGGGAAAGUAUAAUAGGCCACUAUAUCAUAUUCUAAAUAAGAUUAAUUUAUAUAGAGAAUGUAAAAGAAGCUUAAAUUUCUUUAGUUGUGCCUAGUAUUCAGUAACCUUAUAGUUAUAUCUAUUGGAAUGGAAAAUUGAUAGCUGUUCCUUUGUAGAUGAAUUUAUAAACUCUAUUAUAAUUUGUAAAGGAUAAUGGAUGUGGAGAUGUGUUAAAUGUUAUAAAAGCUUUUCCAAAGAUGAUGUUGAUGAAAGCAGAUACAGAUAAUUUAGGUGAAUAUUUGGAUUAGGUUUUGGGAAAGAAGAUGACUGAGAAAUAUGCAGAAUCAGUGUUUUAUGGAAUAUAUGGAGAAUCAGUAUAUAAUUUAUCAAAGGGUUUAUGUUACAGUAAGAGUCAUAUGAAAGGAUAUGAUGAAUAAGAAAUAAAGAAAGAGUUGAGUUUAGAUUAAGAUUUUGAAUAGAUAAGAGAUGAGAAAUUGAAAGGAGGUAUAAUAGAUAAUAAAUGAAUAGCAAAUAGCUACAGAUUCAAAAAUGGUGUAGAAUCUUUACCAAAGAGUUUGCAUGCUUAUUUGAAAGAGUAAUAUGGUGAAGAAUAUAAAGUACAAUUGAAUUCAAAAGCAAAAAGAAUAGAUGUGAAUACAAAGGAACUAAUAGUAGAGAAUAGAGAUGAGUAGGAAGAGUAAAAAUUAAAUUAUGAUUAUUUAAUAUUGAAUGCUCCUACUCAUCAAUUAUCUUAGAUAAUGAUAAAUUCUAAUUUAAAUAAAAUUGGAGAUACAUUUAGAGGAAUCAAAUGUAAUUCAUUAGUAACAAGAAAUAUAUGUUGGGAUUAAAAGAUAUUACCAUAAGAAGUAUAAAUAAGUUUAUAAUUUUAAAGUUUAAAGGCUUUGGAUAUUUAAUAAAUCCAAAGUAAGAAUAAGUGAUUUUAGGUAUGGUAGCAGAUUCUUUAUCAUUCCCUUCUCAAUAUCCUUAGAAUUCAACUAAUUUGUCUAUUAUGUCUAUUUAUGAUGUUAAUGAUCAUGUUAUUUUGAAUGAGUUAAGUAAACAUUUAGGAGUUAAGAUUCCUGAACCAAAAGAAAUAAUUACUAAAAGUUGGUCUAAAGCAUUUACUCGAUUCUCUCCAGGACAUUAAGAAGAAAUGAAAAAAAUAGAAUAAGAAUUAAAUGCAAAAAAUAUAAUUAUUGGUGCUAAUAAUUAUACAUUAGCCAUUCCAGAAUUAGUGUACCUAUCAUAUAGUAAAAUAAAACAAUUAUAUUUGUGAAUAAUUAUUUUCAGUUAGUG